AUGGAAACUCCAACUACACCAAACUCAAAAAACAGUUCUGUGAAUUACACGUAUCAAGAAGAAUCCCCUAAUAUCACCCACAACGACAUACCCUCUUCCCCUCCCAUGAGUGUGUUAAAUCAACUUAUGAAACACCAACAAGCACGUUCUACAAAACUUAUGAAACCAUUUUCAUCUUCUUCGUCUCCGCCUAAUAGUGAAUCUGAUGAUUUACUGCCACUGAGACCCAAUAAAGGUAGAGGCAAAUAUUAUCAUCAUCCAGUUGAAUCGCUGAGAAGUCAAAAUUUCAAUCUUCGAAAUAAACACGAUAAAAUCCGUCAAGUAAGAAAUCAACAUCGUCAUGAUAAAUUAAUGAUAAGUCGAGAAAAAAUCAAUGAUCAACAAUUUAAACGAGAUAUCAAUGAUCAAUAUGAAAAAGAGUAUGAACAUGUAACUGAUGGUUUGGAUAUUGAUAGAUUGAUUGAGGAUGAACAAGAAAAUACUGAUACUCAAGUGUGGUUACAACAUUAUGAAGAAGAGGCUGAAGAACGUGAAUGGGAAGAAGAUGCUGAUUUGAUUGAUAUGAUACAGAGUUUGGAAAUUGAAGACAAAACGAUGAGUUGA